AUGUACUCAAGGAACUAUUUGUGCGAGGACGAUGAGUGGGGGGUGGAGGAGGGCCAAGGACUACCUUCUCAUAUAACAGAAGGGGAAAGAAAAGGAAGUAAAGUUACACGUGAAAAGGCUGAAAAGGCUGAACUUGUUGCUGAUGAAGUGAAUGGGGGAGAUUUUUUUUGUGACCAUUUAGAAGGUACCCAUGGGAAGGCGCCACAGUUGGGUAGCAUUGAGUAUGUAUCUUCCGGAAGUGAAGCCAAAUUGGUAAGAGGCAGCAGCAAGCAGAGCCUUCCACGGGGGGAAAAUCACUCCUCUAGACGUCACGUUUCUGUGCGGCAUGCCUCUAUGCAGAGUGGUACCUCCAUGAGGUGCGCUACUGAACGGAACUCCUCGGGCAGCAUCCUCUGGUUCGACUCGAACGAUAGUGUUCGAUCCCAGGGGGGAAGAAAAAUAAAAGAGAAACAGAAAGGGGAACGAAUUAACCAAGCAGUCGAUCACGCAACGGAUGUGUUAACUAAAGACCAUGGACGACUGCAUCAAGUGAAAGAAAAAAUGAAUUCAUCCUUCGACCUGUGGGAAAGUAGCAACUCUGUUGGUCACCCCGAGGGGGAGGUGCAGCAACUGGAAGAGGACCUCCUACUUAAAGGGAAGACCAACCUUUACAACUACAAGUUUAGCACGGAAGGGGAGGCUUCCAGCGAGGGUGACCAGCGUGAAAAUUGGGGGGAGCUCAACCAGUGUAGCGAACUCAAUUCAGGUGGAAGUCAUCACCAAGGGGGGAAGCACACGAACGUGCGUAUGCGUAGCCAGGACGUGUGUCACGCGGAUUAUGUGAAUGGAAAACGCAGGGAAUCGUGUGAAGAGAACAGUUCCAACUGGAGCGAACCUCCUACUGGCGCAGUCAGAACAAAGAAGGAGAAUUCACACGUAUUUAUUAAACAGAAGCAGAUGAACGAGGUUGACCCGAGUGGAAGGAGGGGCCUCUCAAGUACGCAUAGAAACCAAGCAAAGAAGACUCCCUCCAGUGGAAGUCUGCAUAAUAGUAACAUGAGCAGCCACCAAACGGACCAUCCCAAAGAGGGGGAGAAAAAAAUAACGCAGUCAAAAAAAGAAGGUGUAAGUGUUAAGGGUGGGAAUAGAUUAAUGAGGUCUAUUUCCACCACUUUGUCGGAACGGUCGGGCAGGCAGAACAGGCAAAGUAGCGUUAUCAUGAGCAGUAGCAGCAGCAGGGGCGAUGAUCUGGGUGGUUCGCAAAGACCUUUCCCCGGUGCGGAUUCGAAGGGGGCCACAGCAAAAGUAAACACAAAAAUGAAGAAAAAGAAAAACAACAAUAGCAACAGCAGUAACAGAAGCAACAACAACCUCGUGUUCUUGUCGGAUGAUGAAGGGAGUGUUCUGGACACCACGGCGGUCAGCGAAGAGAGUAAAUUUUUCCACGAGAUUAAGGCGUACCUCAAUUAUAAGAGCAGGGUGGGAACGCUAGACGAGGAGGAUGCAACUCACGAGGAUGACGCGCUUCACCUGGAUGACGCAUCUUCGGAAGUGCCAACCCAGAGGGGAAACAAUAACCCCCUCGAGUGGGACAUCCAGGUGAAGCGAUCCGAAAAUGCGGCCAAACGGAGAAGCGCCUCUAGGAAGAAGCAGCCCGCCAGGCAGUCAUUACCAGCCGAGGGGGAGACGGUAUCCAAAAUGGGUAGCUGUAGCAGCAGCGGUGAUAUAGUACCAAAGUUAAACGCGGGGGAGAGGCAUACCAACCCCACCUCUCACCAACGAAGUGACGGUGGAAAGCGUAUCUCCCAAAACGUGGGGGAGGAAGAAGAAGGUGGGCAUGUUGCAAAACACUACAGCGAAGUGAACGCUGGAGGGGUGAAUCCCCCUAAGGAACACACAAAGUUAACCCCAAGACGGGAAAAAGUCGAACGCAUCGAUGGGAUGAUUGACCUUUCGGAGGAGACGAAGAAGACGCUGCACUCAGUCGAAUAUUUAGAGCACAUCGGAAGGGAACGAACUGGGAGUCACCUCCCCCAUGGUAGGAUUGAGAGCCCCCCUUUGAUCGACCUUACAUUGGCGGAAGAAACCAACCGAGGUGAAUGCAGGGGGGUAGCUCCAAGUGCCCAUGUCAGAGAUGGGGACAAGCUAUCCAGUGAAGAACUGGGUAAGAAGAGCAAUGGUAGCCGCUAUUCACCCGAAAGGAACGUAAUCGGAAGGAAGGACGACAACACCCCAGACAGUUUCGACACAGAACAGGUGGAGCAACACCCUCCUCCUACCGAUGGAAGCGCCAACAGUGUGGGGAACAACGCAGGGGAGGUCUCUUCUCUUCCUGGGGGGGAAAACGGACCCAGGAUCAGAUUCCCCUUUCCACAGCGGGGAAAAAAAUUUAAGGACAUUUUCAUUUCGUUCAUUAGGAGGGGCGAUGCGGGGAGAAGCAACGAGGUGGGAACAAACCAUCAGGAGGGAAGAAGCCCCGACGAUGGGUCCAAUGGGCAAGUGCCGCUUGAGCGCGAAAUGACGAAAGAGGCAACCCAAACGGGAGAAGCGGACGAAGCCGAAGAGGGGGAAGAAAAGAACACAAAAAUGGUAAAAGAGGCGGGCGAUAUCUCCUUCGAAGCGAACUCCCCCGGCAGAAAAAAGCCAAACACGUUGUACAACAAUUUCCUGGAAAGUCUGAAGCAUCCCUCUUGUAGAAAUGUGAUCGACAAGGUAAGGAUAUUCAUUCAGAGGUUUCCCAAAAAUGUAAGUAGAGAAGUGGCAGCCAACAAAAUCCAUGAGUUCAUAAAUGAGACGCAACCGAUUCUGCUAAACUGCCACAUAUACAAGAGUGUGAACAAGUACCAGGCGAAUGUGAUAAUUGAGGGGUAUGAGAAGUUCCUGCUGCAGAAGUUGCACCCCUAUGUGUACCGAAUGGAUCCUAAGGACAAGGACGAGGACGAGAAGAUAUACACGAAAAUUAAUUGCCUCCAGUGGGUAGAACUGAAGCACUUGGAAAUAGCAGAAGAUAUUCAAUUGGACCGACUAAAACAGGCACAGGCGGAACUCUUGCGCAUACAAAAAAUGAGGGCCCCAAACGAUAAGCUUAUUAUGGUACUUAACUGCUGCCGUGUUGUUACGUCUGCGGUUUACGCGGCGAAGAAGAAUUCUAAGCGGCGCAUGCAGGGGGGGAAGCAACACGGGUUAGAUAAGCAAAACGAUCCAGUCGUUACGCAGGAGAACGCCGAAACGACCGUUGAAAGUGACGCACAGGAUAUGCAGUGUGACGGAGCUGAACUGGGCAUCUCCAAAGCUGAAUCGGAUGUUGUGAAAGCCGAACUGGAUGACGACGAGCUGCUGCCGUGCGCAGAUGAAGUACUCCCCGUGCUCAUCUACGUUAUUAUAAAAACCAACCCACCAGAACUUAUUUCAAACAUUGCUUACAUCCAAAGCUUUAGACACCCAAAUCAUUUCGUGUCGGAAGAAGCCUACUCCUUCACGCAGUUCUGCAGUGGUGUAGAGUUCAUUAAGGAACUUGGAAAGUCUACCUUCCUAAACAUCCCAGAAGAGGAAUACAAAAAAAAAGUGUCCCAGGCUGAGCAGUUUUACCUAGACGAAGUUAAAGAGAGCAACAAAAAACUGCAGGAAGCAGCGGGAAAACUCACCAGCUUCAUUAAACUCUCAAAUGAGAAGAAACUGUGUGUGAACGUUAUUAACAAAAUAGAGGAUCUACAGUUGCGUUUCGAGGGGGAGGACAACUUCAACGCACUGACCGUUUCGAAAUUGGCCGACAUGUUCGAGGAGUACAAGAUGCUCGUGCGGCUGAAGAAUGAGAUUUUGCGGGACAUGCAGGAGCACGAGCAGGCCGUCAGCGCAGGUGACGCGUGA